AUGUCAGCAUCAUAUGAAGAUAACCUAAGUAGUUUAAAGGAUAUUAGUUUAGGAAGUAAAAAGAGUGAUAGCUCACUUGAUGAUAAUACAUCAACAACUUCUACCAAUACCAAUAACAAUAACAAUAACAAUACUACUUCUACUUCUACUACUUCUACAGCUACACCAACAACACCAUCAAAACCAAAUCCAUUAAUGGCAAUGUCAUUUGAUGAGAAUUGGGUAUCGGCAGCAUCAACAUUGGAAAUGAUUUAUUUUAGAAAUGCAAAUGCAACUCCAACACCAAUUUGGGCCUAUUGUGCCGAGAUUCAAGAAAACACAUUCCUUUUACUACUCAACAAGGAAAAGAUACAAAAAGACACAAAGCAAGAGAUUGAGCGUCUAGAAGCAUCCAAGCGUAUCCUAUACGAUCGUAUUUGCAAGCAAUAUGGAAAGUUUUUGCUCGUCAAGGAAAAGACCAAUAUUGCCAUCUCGAGAUUCUCACAUAUCCCAGGUCUCGUCCAUUUCAUCUUGAUCGAUCGUACCAACCAUCGAAUCAAGGCACCCACGAUAUCUCAGUUGAACGGUCCACGAAACACACUCAAUGUACAGCCAGAGGACAUGGUCCAGUUUAUCAAGAAACGUGUUUGGAAUAUGUACAGUCACUGUUGUCAUCAACUCAAAAAGGGAUACAGCUACCAAGUCAUCAAAGACAAGGAUUUCCAAUACAGUUAUCGUCUCUGGGUAGAAGACGAUGAGAGCAAAGAACAAAUUGUUGAACGUGACACUCGUAUCUACAACUCUCGUUCAAUCUACUCUGAAUUGGUCAAACGUUAUUAUCCACAACCCGUCAAAUGUCUAGAGCUUCUCACUCUCUAUAUUGGUGCUCUUCCAGUUUCUUUAAUCUAUAAAAAUGAUCGUGUUUUAUGUUCAUUAUUAUUUGAUAAAGAACAAGAAUAA